GAGCCAAGUGAGGAGGUCCCUCUCGUUCCCUCUCUCUCUUUUUAAAGGACCUCGUGAAAUAAAAGUGCAGAAAACAAACCCGAGGCGAUCACAACAGCAGCCGCGGCGGCGGCAGCAGCAGGAGGAGGAAAAGUUGGAGCUGGGCUGGCGCUGCGGAGCGGCCGGGCCCCGCGCAGCUCCCAUUCAUUAAGUCGCCAGCUGCGGAGGAAGGUGGCCGAGCGCCCGCGCUGCCCACUCGCUCGCUCGCUCUCCCAGGCACACGCCAGCCCAGCGCGCCCCGAGCCGCGCAGCUCUGCACAACUUUCUGCUCGGGAUUUGGCUCUCUUCCUCUUGGACUUUCGAACGAUUUGGGGUUGAGAGAGGAAGAAAGCAGAGGCAGCCAAGGGGAGCAGAAAACACCACCGUCUGCGUUGGAAGCAGGCAGCGGAGCCGCACUCUCGCCUCCCUCCGCUCCCCAAACCCGGGCCGACCCGCCACUCUCCCGAGCAGCCUCGGCCAGGAAGCGAGCCCCGCGUCUGCGUGUGUGUCCGCUGUUGCGGGGCGUCUUCGCGGGGCGGGAGGAUCGCGCCGCAGCCAGCGCCAUGCAAAACUACAAGUACGACAAGGCGAUCGUCCCGGAGAGCAAGAACGGCGGCAGCCCGGCGCUCAACAACAACCCGAGGAAGGGCGGCAGCAAGCGGGCGCUGCUCAUCUGCCUCGACCUCUUUUGCCUCUUUCUGGCUGGCUUGCCCUUCCUGAUCAUUGAGACCAGCACCAUCAAGCCUUACCACCGAGGGUUCUACUGCAAUGAUGACAGCAUCAAGUAUCCCCUGAAAACUGGCGAGACAAUAAAUGAUGCUGUGCUCUGCGCCGUGGGGAUCGUCAUCGCCAUCCUCGCGAUCAUCACAGGGGAAUUCUACCGGAUCUAUUACCUGAAGGAGAAGUCCCGGUCCACAAUUCGGAAUCCCUACGUGGCAGCCCUCUAUAAGCAAGUAGGUUGCUUCCUCUUUGGCUGUGCCAUCAGCCAGUCCUUCACAGACAUUGCCAAAGUCUCCAUAGGACGUCUGCGUCCUCAUUUCUUGAGCGUCUGCAACCCUGACUUCAGCCUCAUCAACUGCUCCGAGGGCUACAUUCAAAACUACAAAUGCAGAGGCGAUGACAGCAAAGUCCAGGAAGCCAGGAAGUCCUUCUUCUCUGGCCACGCCUCCUUCUCCAUGUACACCAUGCUGUAUUUGGUGCUGUACCUUCAGGCCCGCUUCACUUGGCGAGGUGCUCGUCUGCUCCGGCCCCUCCUGCAGUUCACCCUGGUCAUGAUGGCCUUUUACACAGGACUGUCCCGCGUAUCUGACCACAAGCACCAUCCCAGCGACGUCCUGGCAGGAUUUGCUCAAGGAGCCCUGGUCGCCUGCUGCAUAGUUUUCUUCGUGUCUGACCUCUUCAAGACCAAGACGGCACUCUCCCUGUCUCCCCCCAUCAGGAAGGAGAUCCUCUCACCUGUGGACAUUAUCGACAGGAACAAUCACCACAACAUGGUGUAGGCGCCGCCCACCUCCUGAGCUGUUCUUGUAAAAUGACUGCUGACAGCAAGGUCUUGCUGCUCUCCAAUCUCAUCAGACAGUAGAAUGUAGGGAAAAACUUUUUACCCAACUGAUUUUACAAAGGAAAAAAAAAAGUCUUACUUUGUGGCCUUCCAAAAUAGGUAGUGUUCACCUAUGUGGAGACAACAGCAAACUAACACCAAGUGCCAGAAUCCUGGAUGUGCAGUUGGUUGAAGUGUUCAUGUUCUAGUGAACACGGGCUUGUUCUGGAACAAACACUAAAAGGUUUUGAGUAGAGUCUGCCGGUCACCUUUGUGACCUGAGAUGUGUCCCAGGCUUGUGAGAAAAGCUCAAAUUCACAUUGUAGCACGUGAUGCCAGAAAUAGCACUGAAGAAAGAAAAUAGCCAUUGGGGGGAGACUCCCCUCUUGCAUCUCUCUGUCCACACCACUCUAUCUUUUACUGUGACUUUGGUUCAGGAUGUUGUUGUUUUUAAGUGUUGUUGUUGUUUAAUACAGAGACAGAGCAAAUGCUUCGUCAAACGAUCAGAUCCUGAAUCCAGAUUCCUAGACUUAAAGCCUUAUCACCCACUUCCUGGCCCAUCGGCCAACACCACAGUCCCUCACAUUAGUGAUUAGGAGACUCUUUGUGGAUGAGUGAAUUUCACAAAUAGCACAAUUUCAGAAGAGAUCGAGGGUCCAGGCCCUCAUUUGUCUUCUUUGGACACAUCAUCCUGUGUUGUUGAAACAUGGAUUGCAGGAUGCUGACGUAUAUCAAUCACCCGGGCACUUGCACGCUCUUAGUAAUGGCUAGCUUUGGUUACUGCUUUCCCCCUUGAAAUCCUUGCUCUGUGCCCAUCGGGAUUUCCUGCGAGGGUCCGGAGACGAGCCAAGGCAUGGUCUGCAGCCGGCUGAUGGAAAGCAGCCUUCCGUACACGAGAUGGGGGAGUGAAGGGGCAAGAAUGAAAAAUGAACCAACCUUUUUGCUACUCAAAGUCAGGAUGAGCCAGAGUAGCAGACGGUCUCAUGCCUGAGAGGUUGCCCUUCCAGAUAACAGAGCUGAUGAGGGUCUCUGAGGGAGUCGCUCUUGCUAAGUUGUGUAAAGCACUACUGUCUUGGGGUUGAUCUCUAGGGCAGAUCUUGGUAGGUUCUGCUGGGCAGAACACAUGGGUUAAAUCUCCGUAGAGAGUUUUCAUCCUGUAUCCGUCCUCCCAGGUGAGGUCCACUCUAAGCAGUAGGCAGGACCCCUUCUACUGAACCUUUGAGGAAAGGAGGAAGGAAGAAAUGCUUUCAGAUCUCAGAUGCACACCGGGCUAAAUGUAACCACAAGGAUCAACCACGAGCACAUCUUUACCACAGAAGCCGUCCUGUCAUUUCAACAUAUAGCAAGCUAUGAUUUUUAUAUAUAAAUAUUAUAUAAAUAAUGUAUAAAACAUUAAAAGUAACUAUGUAAAAUAUUAUUUCUGAAACAAUUUUAGCUAUAUCCACUAUGAUUAUAAACUGUGUCUCGACCUGUGUUAUUUCAUUAGCUGCUUAAAAAAGCAUUGAGUUAAUUUUUUUAAUAUCAACUAAAAUAUUGUAGUUCUGUGGUAGACAUUGUUUUACAAUAAAAGAAAUAACUGCAACUAGAGAAAACUGUAUAAAAACAUUAAAUUGUCAGUAUUUUUGUAAGGUUCCAUUUUGUAAAGAGAAUAAUAUUCAAAGACUUUUGUAGAAUACAAAGUGAAAACUUGUAUCUGCGAAACUAUACUUGUAUUAAAUGUGCUUUUUAAAUAAAAGCUCAUAACACAACUAA